CGCACCCACUUCCCCUGCUCGCCCCCUGAGACCCUGAUAUAACCCUCGCCACCCUCGUUCUCUCUUCUCCUGCGAUGCCGAAAUAAUAUGAGCCGAAUUUAUUAGAUAUUAUUUUCAAAAGAUUCGGUUAUUAGUUCAGACAAAGGUCGCUCCUUCCCCGGGUCUUAUCGACUACGAAAAGCGUGGCGACGCGAAAGAGAUGGAGAGAGAGAGGAGAGCGAAGAAAGAGGUGACAGCACCCGGGAGGCAUCGGAGCGGGGCGCCACCGCCACCGCGGGUGCACGGGAGGCAUCGGAGCGAGGCGGCGCCUCCGGUCGCGGCGGUAGCGCCGCCGCCUCCUAGGGUUCCGCUGCGGCGGCUCCUCUGGGUGGCGUCCGUGGCGUGCGGCAUCCAGUUCGGGUGGGCUCUCCAGCUCUCGCUGCUGACCCCCUACGUCCAGGAGCUGGGGAUCCCCCACGCGUUCGCAAGCCUGGUGUGGCUCUGUGGGCCCCUCUCGGGGCUCAUCGUCCAGCCCCUCGUCGGCCACCUGAGCGACCGCUCCACCAGCUCCUUCGGCCGCCGCCGCCCCUUCAUCGCCGCCGGCGCCGCCACCAUCGCCCUAGCCGUCCUCCUCGUCGGCUACUCCGCCGAUCUUGGCCGCCUCCUCGGCGAUCCUCCCAACGGACCCGGCCGUCCCCGCGCCGUCGUCGUCUACCUCCUAGGUUUCUGGCUCCUUGAUGUCGGCAACAACGCCACCCAGGGCCCCUGCCGAGCCCUCCUCGCCGAUCUCGCAGGGAAGGAUCACAGGAGGACUCGGAUAGCUAAUGCUUAUUUUUCACUCUUCAUGGCCUUGGGAAAUAUACUAGGCUUUGCUACUGGAUCUUAUAGUGGCUGGUGUACCCUCUUUCCCUUCACUGUCUCCUCUGCUUGCAGCACAAAUUGUGCCAACCUCAAGUCUGCUUUUCUUCUUGACAUCAUUCUUCUUAUCAUCACUACUUAUAUCAGUAUAUCAUCAGUCCAAGAAGCUCCUCUAAAUUCUAGCAGUGUGGCUCCAUACUCUGCUGAAGGAACAGAAGAGCAGCUAAACCAUGGCCAAGAGGCUUUCCUCUGGGAAUUGAUAGGAUCCUUUAGAUACUUAACAUUGCCUGUUUGGAUGGUUCUGAUUGUUACUGCAUUUACCUGGAUAGGAUGGUUUCCAUUUAUUCUCUUUGACACUGAUUGGAUGGGCCGGGAGAUCUAUCGAGGCGACCCAGAUGAAGGGCAAAUAUAUCAAACUGGAGUGCGAAUGGGGGCUUUUGCUUUGAUGUUGAAUUCUGUUGUUCUGGGUUUUACUUCAGUGGUGAUCGAAAAACUGUGUCGGAAGUUGGGAGCUGGCCUCGUUUGGGGAAUCUCAAACAUUCUCAUGUCUUUCUGCUUUGUAGCAAUGCUCAUAAUAUCUUAUAUUGCAAAAAAUGCGGAUUACCAAAGCAGUGGACUUCCUCCAGAUGGCAUUGUUGUCGCUGCACUAAUUGCCUUUGCAGUACUUGGAGCACCGCUGGCAGUGACAUAUAGUAUUCCUUAUGCAAUGGUUUCUACACGAAUCGAGUCUUUAAGGCUUGGUCAAGGAUUAGCAAUGGGCAUUCUAAAUCUUGCGAUUGUGAUUCCUCAGGUGCUUGUGUCUCUGGGAAGUGGACCAUGGGAUCAAUUAUUCGGAGGUGGCAAUUCACCAGCCUUUGCUGUAGCAGCAGUUGCAGCUUUUGGCAGUGGACUUUUGGCAAUUGUUGGUCUUCCUCGAUCUCAAAUUGCAAGGACAAGGGGUCGCAGAUAAGUAUAUUGUUGUAUUCUUUUUGUCAUUAUGCUUCUUGAAAUCUAUACUGUUAUUUAAUAACCAUUUCACAUGGGAAAAGAUGUAAAUAAUAUGUGUCAUUUGUUGAAUAAAGCUGCUUAUUCCUUUCCUG